AAUGUCACCCUGGAUUAGACGAUUAUCGGCAAUAGUUGGUCAUGAUGUAGAUUGUAAUUUAUUAAUGGUAGGAUUACCAAAUUCUGGAAAAACAACUUUAAUGAAACAGUUAAAGCCGCGAAAUAAGAAUUUGGAUAUAAUUCAACCGCCAAUAGAGAAUGAAUGUUCAACUUUAUCUGGAUUUUGGUUUGAUCGCGUGUCUAUUAAGGCUUUUAAUUUGUGUACAAGUAUAACUUCGCAUAUUGGAUGCGCAUGGGAAGAAUUGUACCUUACUUCAAACGCUUUUAUAUUUACAAUAAACUCAGCAGAUCGUCUUACAAUGCAUUUGAAUGGCGAAUACUUACAAAAGGUCAUAUCAAAGGUUAAAGAGAACAGGCCUAUAUUAAUCCUAGUAACCAAAUACGAUUACGGCGAUGAAAUGAAUGAUCUUCAAAUAUUAAAUAGCUUAAAUAUACCAAGAUUUAUGGGUCCUAGAAGAUGGAGAUGCGUAACCGUAGACUUAACAACAGGCGAAGGUUUAAACGAUGCCUUUGAUUGGUUAGCCAACGAAAUACGUAAAGUUACUUUUAAUUAA